ACAACCCCACAUGACAUCCCGAUUUGCACGUUUAUGGCGGAGUCUUCUUUGAUUUUGUGAUAUUUUUGAAGAAUUUUAGUCAAAAUGGAAAGUAUUUGUGUCUUGCAGGCUUGCUGAAGCGAGUGUCAUGCUGAUUGUGGGUUAUAUUUGCACAGAUUUCAGAUAUAAGGAAUAAGCUAGGUUUUCUCUUCACAAGACUCCUAUUUAGCAGUGUCUGAUUUAGAAUUAUGUAUUUUGUAUUGUUUUUAAAAAAAAAAUAUUAAUAACACUAAUACGUUAAAAUCCAUCUGAAUCAAUAAUCAGCUGACGUUAGACAACAAAAACAAGAUUUUUUAUAAUUUCUGUCCUUAAAUCAUACUUUAACAUAGUCACCAUCACCAGAGAGGGGUAAAACAGACAGUUAUUGAUCCAUGGUAUUGGCUUGUGUGGACGAUAGCUGACAUUUGUUUGACAUUCCAUUACAUAUCCAUUCUGUCAAUGUCAAAUUUGAUGUGGCUAUUUGUUUGUGAGUUAUCAAUUUUAUUUUACAUUCUUGUAAUUAUUACUUGUUAUUACUUGCAAAAUAACUAUGUUAACCACUGAAAAAAGUAAUGACAAAAAUGAAGAACCACCUGAAGAACCGCCGCUUGAGACAUCCGAAGAAAGUGAAAAACUUGCAGUGUCUGAAUAUAUAUCCAGCUUGGAAGCUAGAAUAAAAUGUAAAGGCGACUUGCGGAAUCAAAAUCUUAAUUGUGUCCGGCCUCCAGAAAAUCAUUUUUCGAAAUUGGAUUCCGGAUUAAAAAAGAAUACGACGUUUGUGAAGAAAUUGAAAUCUUUUAGUGCAUCUCAGAUUGAUGUCCUUCUUAAAGACUUUGGCGUUUUAAAUUUAACGAAGUAUAUAUCCGAAGUUGCUGCAGCUAUUACUGAAGCUAAGUUGAAAAUGUCUGAUAUAUCUGCAGCUAUAAGUUUAUGUGCCGCUCUUCACCGCACAUAUGCUGAUUUUUCAUCAAAUCUCUUUGAGAACUGGCAGAAAAUCUUGACAUUCAAAAUUACUGAUAAAAUAGCUAAUUCAUCAAAAUUAAGAGUUGAUUUAAGAUUUUAUGCUGAGUUGGUUGCUGUAGGAAUUUUCACAAAUAAAACUGGUUUACCUUUAUUGGGAAAUGUGCUGACAGUCCUCAUUAAUAUGGACAAAGAAGAUCAUAACAAUAUUUCUAUUCUCUUAUCUUUCUGUAAGCAUUGUGGUGAAGAUUACGCUGGGCUUGUUCCUAAGAAAAUUAAAGAUUAUGCUGAGAAAUACGGCAUAACAAUCCCGAGGAAUACAUUUCUACCGGCAGAGAAGCAAGCAGUUGUAAGGACUCUUUUGAAGGAUUAUUUUUCAUCUCUUACCAAACAUCUGCUGGCUGAGAGAGCGCAACUGCAAGCCUUACAUGCAGCAAACCAAAGAACUUUGCACACCAGAGGUGAAUUGUCACAGGAGAGAAAAGAUCAAUUAGAACAGCACCAGGCAACAUAUGACAAAUUAUUAGCAGGCGCACAGAACUUUGCGGAAGUGCUUGGUGAAGAUUUAGGUGAAGCAGGAGAACCACCGACUUUAUCUUUUACAGUUAUUGAGACUCAAGGGACAGUUACUAUUGGUGGGAAUGAAGAAAUUUGUAUGCAAGCCGGAACUGAUCCAUGGCAAGAUGAGGAUACAAGGACUUUUUAUACUGAUUUACCAGAUUUAAAAGUUUUUAUGCCUACCCAUCAAUUAAAGGAGACAGUGAAGAGUAAGGCGGAAACAGUGACUGAAGAAAUGCUGGAUGAGGAUAUAAAGGAAGAUGAAUUGAGUGACAAUGAGGAGCCACCAGCUGCUGUGCCAGAUGUUGAACAAGAGGAAGCUCAGCCUGCUAAUGUCACCAACAAGUAUGCAUUGGAUGCUUUUCUAAACGAACUGCCAAAUUGCAUUAACAGAGAACUCAUAGACAAUGCAGCUGUGGAUUUCGUUUUGAAUCUCAAUACAAAGAAUAACCGGAAGAAGCUUACGCGAGUUUUGUUCAGUGUUGCCAGGACGAGACUUGAUUUGUUGCCGUUUUAUUCUAGAUUCGCCGCAAUUUUAAAUCCUGUGUUACCUGAUGUGUGUUUAGAUUUAUGUCAAAUGUUGAAGCAAGAUUUUAAAUAUCAUGUCAGGAAAAAGGAUCAAAUUAAUAUUGAAUCCAAGAUAAAAGUGGUCAGGUUUAUUGGUGAAUUAGUGAAAUUCAACUUAUAUUCAAAAAUGGAGGCUUUGUAUUGUUUGAAAGUACUGUUACAUGAUUUCAAACAUCACCACAUUGAAAUGGCUUGCAAUCUUCUAGAAACUUGUGGUAGAUUUUUAUAUUGCAAUGUUGACACUCAUCAACGAACAAUGAUAUAUUUACAACAGAUGAUGAGAAAGAAGACUGUUUCAGCUUUAGACUCUAGAUAUGUGACGCAAAUAGAAAAUGCAUUCUAUUACGUAUGUCCGCCUGAAACUCCCGCACAACCAAAAGAAGAAGAACCACCAAUACACCAGUUCAUACGAAAGAUUUUACAUGAAGAUUUACAAAAGAGUAACGAAGAGAAAAUUUUAAGAUUAAUGAGGAAACUUAAUUGGGAUGAUACGGAAAUAUCUUCCAUUGCGAUACAACACUUAGCUGGUGGAUGGCGAGUGAGAGCAAGUGCGAGGCGAGCUUUAGCCAGAUUAACAGCAGAAUUAGCUACAUGGCAAGAAAACGUUGCUCCAGCAGUAGUUGACACGAUCCUUGAAGAAAUCCGUCUAACAAUGGAAGAUCCACAUCCUCGGUAUAACCAAAGAAGAAUUGCCACAGUCAGAUAUCUUGGAGAAUUAUACAAUUACAAACUAUUAGACUCAAGAGAUGUGUUUACCGUGUUAUACUCUUUCAUAACUUUUGGAGUAACCAAUGACCAUAGCAAUGUUUCCCCGCUUGAUCCACCGGACAAUGUGUUCAGAAUAAGACUUGUUUGUGCUCUACUUGAGACAUGCGGUGCGUAUUUUAAUAGCGGAUCCAGCAAGAAAAGACUAGAUUACUUCUUAGUCUUCUUCCAGAACUACUACUGGUUCAAAUAUUCGGAUCCAUGUUGGAAUGAGACUAAUAAGUUUCCGAUCUACGUUAAUUAUAUAUACCAGGAGUGUUUGACGAGCGUGAGACCGAAGUUAAAUCUGUUCACAAGUUGGCAACAGUGUAAAGAUGCUAUUGAAGAUUUGAGACAGAUAUUGUACCCAGAGCUUGGUGAAGAUGAACAAUAUGAUAAUGAUGAUCACGGAGAUGAUAGUGUUAAUGAUGGCUUAGACACGAUUAUGGAAACGGAUGAUGAAACUGAUAAUCCACAAUUGCCAGAAGAGAGUUCUGAUGAAGAUCCGAUCACAGAUAAUGCAGGAAAUGACAUCAAUGAUCAAAAUGAUGAAAUGAUUGUAGAAGAUCGGCGUCCAGCGGCUAAACCGGUAGAGGAUCUGGAAUUUGAAAAUGCUUUUGAGAAAAUGGUUACGGAAAAUAUAGCGGAACGACAACGAGAAAACAGACCUCAACAGAGAGAUAUUGCUGUACCAAUGACGUGUCGUCAAACCACGAAAAAAACUUACGAACAACUUAUGCAAGGUAAAGUAGGCGUGGAGUUCGUUUUAAUGGUUAGAAAAGGAUCGAAGCCGCAGUACAAAUCGUUUAACGCGCCACCGGAAUUUGCCAGUAAUUUGCAACAACAAGCACUUGCCGACAAACAGGAGAUGGAAAGAAUGAAACGUUUGACGUUAAAUAUUUCUGAACGACAAGAAGAAGAAGAAUACAGCGCGGAGAGUGGAGGUGGAUCUGGUGGAGGAGGAAAUCCGAACAGAGGGCAACAUAUACGACAGAAGUAUCAACAUCCUAAAGGCGCCCCUGACGCUGAUUUGAUAUUUGGUCCGAAAAAGUUUAAAUAAAUUGACCUAAAAAAACAAGAAGCCUAGAUUUUAAUCCCAUAUUCAAAUGUUGAUUAUUAUGCUGAUUAAAAAUAAUUCUUAAUAAAUUUGUAUCGAAGA